CUAUGGUUUCAUUCUUUUUUUUCGCUGUCAUCCCAAGUUAAACGUUUCGGCCAGCGACAUUUUUCGUCGGCUGGUGGUGAUUUUGGCAAAAAAACGCCCUGAAAAAGCCGUAAAAAUGUUGGGUCGCGCAGCACCAGGGGUCUGCCAAGUGGUGGCUUUGGCCAACCAGCAGCAGAACAGGAACAUGGCUACCCUGAAAGCCAUUUCCAUCCGUCUGAAGUCUGUAAAGAACAUUCAGAAAAUCACCCAAUCUAUGAAGAUGGUGUCAGCUGCUAAGUACACUCGUGCUGAGCGUGACCUCAAGGCCGCUCGCCCGUACGGCGAGGGUGCCGUCCAGUUCUACGAAAGGGCUGAGGUCGCCCCACCGGAGGAUGACCCUAAGCAGCUGUACAUUGCUAUGACCUCUGACAGAGGUCUUUGCGGUGCUGUUCACACUGGUGUGUCGAAGGUAAUCCGCACCCGUCUGGCUGAGCCCGGCGCGGAGAACAUCAAGGUUAUCUGCGUUGGAGACAAGUCCCGUGGUAUUCUGCAGCGACUCUACGGAAAGCACAUCAUCAGUGUUUGCAAUGAGAUCGGUCGUCUGCCCCCGACCUUCAACGACGCUUGCAAGAUCGCGAGCGCUAUCCUCGAGUCGGGUUACGAGUUCGCGUCAGGCAAGAUCAUCUACAACAAGUUCCGCUCUGUCGUGUCCUACCAGCAGUCUGAUCUGCCACUCUACAGCCAGAAGGCUGUUGAGAGCGCCCCCAAGCUGGCGACCUACGACUCUUUGGACGCUGACGUGAUCCAAUCGUACAUGGAGUUCUCCCUCGCCUCCAUGCUGUUCUACGCUCUGAAGGAAGGCGCCUGCUCCGAGCAAUCUUCCCGCAUGACAGCCAUGGACAACGCGUCCAAGAACGCCGGAGAAAUGAUUGACAAGCUGACCCUUACCUUCAACAGGACCCGCCAAGCCGUCAUCACCCGAGAACUUAUCGAGAUCAUCUCCGGUGCCGCUGCCCUCGACUAGACAUUCUUGCAGUCGUUUUGCUGAGAUUUUUCUAGUAUUUUUUGCCUAGUUUCACUGUAGAAUUUACUUGUAUAAUGUUAGUCUGUAUUGAAAUACGCGGGCGUUGUUAUGUAAUAACAUACUCGGUCGUCACAAGAACUUGGCUAAAAGGGAUUUAAGUCUAGGAAUC